UUGGAGUAAUCUAUUUCAAAAAUUUCUAGUACAUUACUAUUUUAAAAUAUCAGUUUAAAAGUAUAGGCUAAAUUUGAUAAAGUAUUUAAUUUCCAAAUAGCAUGAAAAACUCCAAAGCUGUAUUUGAAUAUAAACAGAAAUCUUUCUAUUAUUGAGUUAAUAUAACAUAAAAAUUCAUUUAUAACUUUAGGUGUCUAUAGUUUUCAUUUACAAAUGAUUGUUAUUGACUGAUUUUUACCCAACUUUAUUUUUGAGAAUAUUACAAAAGUAUUUCCCGAAUUAUACAGAGAGCCCUUGAACCGCAUAAAUAUAAUUUUCAAAUGUUCUAAAAAGACACUAAAAUAAAAUUCAGUAUUGCCACCUUCAUCCUAUGUUUAAACUUUUUCAAGAUGAUGAUGCUUAUCUUGUUUAAGUCACUUAACAGUUAAAGUUAUCAUACAGUUAAAGAUAAGACAACUUGGUUAGUGGUAGCUUUACCUUAAAACUACAUAUGUCUACUUUUUAAAGUUUGAUCUAUAGUUUUACAAUCAUUCAAGGGACUGAUACAUUUUUAUACAGUAGCUAGUUGAUUAUUCAUAUAUCUAUUUUUUGUUCAUUAGGCAUAUUUCCAAAAUUUAAUUUUAAUAACAUUUUCUCCCCACAGCUUUUUUUUUUUUUUCUCUUACUUUGGGACUAUCUUGCGUUCUGCUUUUUGAGUCUAACAUGCACAAAUUCUUGACAUAUUAGCUUGUAGGUUUAAACACAAUUCCGAGUUUAUGAACUUAAAGUUGAUGGGGAUGGCUGACCUAUGUUCAUUAUUAGUUUACCUUAUAAAAAAUUUAAAUGUUCCGUGUUUUUAUCCUAUGAAAAGUGACAAAAGCCAAGCAAUCUAAAUUAUAUAUCCUAUGAAGCUCAUUGUUUGGGAAACCAAUGUUUCAUCUAUAAACCAAAGUUUACAUUAAAAUAUUCUAAGAAUAAAAGAUUAGACUGUAUUUACAUGAAAUAUGAAAACGAGAAAUAUUCUUAGUUACACAAGUUACAGUCCACCACUUAUCUGUAUUCCAGGAAAAUUGUAUCUUAAGAGAACUCAGAAAAGCAAGACAACUUGAAGUCAGUUGUUUUCUUAUACUUUUAACUAGAAAAAGUGUCAGUAGUGGAUGUUAAAAUAUCAACAUCCUAACUUUAUAUACAGAAACAUCACUAAGUUCCAUUGUUUACAUCUAAAUAUUUCAGGACUGACCACCAUUAAAGAAUAACAAAAGAACUUUUUGACUGUGACUUGAGAUCCCAAGCUACAUGUUGUCAUUCAGACUUGUAUUUUAAUCUAUUUUUCUUUUGGAACAUUAUUAGUAAAUUUUGAGAUGGUGGAUUGUUGACCUAGUGAUACAUGUAUAGAGCUUGGCCUCUGAGUUAAUUAAAUAUGAGUUAAUAAUAUAUUAUAAGGAAAUUAUUGUCUUUAUUACAGUUAUUAGAUAGUUACUCAAAUUAUAGCUUGAAAGGAAUGCAGAGCAUGGAAAACUCGGGAUUAAAUUAUGUAUUUGAACCUUAGGCCAGCGUUUACUAUAGAGACAGUUUGCUGCUAAAAGAGAAAUUGUAUGUCACUGAAAUUAAAUGCUUUUCUGGGGAUGGAAGAUUCCACUUUUUAAUGAAAUUACUGAGUGUGGUGUAGUGAAAUGAUUAAAAUCUGUAUUCCGGGAAUGUGGCAGGGAAAAAAAAAUCAAUAAGUGCUAGCACAGCUUUGCUGCUCAAUGUGAAUCCUAAGAAUGAAAUAAACUAUUACAAAAAUAAUAAUUAAAAACAUAUCAGCACAUUAAUUUAUUUAGCAUCAGUCUCCUGAGACAUCGUCGUCACUAAUUUUUAGCAUACAUUUUACUAUGUAAUGAGCAGCCUUCUUUUGAGAUACCCCCAUUAGACAGGCAGUAUUGCUGCCCUUCCCCCAGUGCUCCUGCCUUGCAAUCAUUGUACUUGCACUUAUUAUGUUACAAAUGACCGAGGUAAGGCUGACAUUCUCAGUGCAUGCAAAAAGACCUAGUCUGCCAGCUUUUUUUUCUUCCUAAUGAAGCAGCUUUGUGAAAUCUCCCCAUGUGUUAAUACUAAUGAAGAUCCUCCAGCACAAUUAAAAUCACAGCCAGUGGUUGAGGAGGAAACAUAAAACAAUGGCAUCUUUUAAGAUACAUCUAGCCACAUGUAUGCAUAAAAAUACAUAUAUGGUCAAAUUAUUCUUUAUAGCUAUUUUUACAUGCUCUUCAUCCUGAAAAUUAAAUUAUGAAAUUUGUUAAUUAUAUAAACUUUGAGACUUUAAUGUGUUUUUAAGGGCGGAGGGAAAAAACCCACCUUAAUGUUUUUAAAAAAUUACCUUCAUUGGUAAGAAAGUGUUACCAAGGCUGAUAUUUCUUUUCUUAAUCGUUUUUAGGACGCUGUGGGUAGACUUUGUAGGGGGGAACGGGGUUUACUUUACCUUUAGUUUAACUUGAUUGGAUGAGGGGUGUGGGAAUGGGGAAGGUUAAAAAUUGAGUUAAGUUGGUUGAGAUUCUGGGGGUCGAAUAGUGUACUGCGUGUAUAAAGAUGUGAGUUACUGGGCUGCUCUUACAACCUGAUCUUUUAAAGUGUUCAGUUCCUACAAUUAACUAGCUGCUUUUUAAAAUCUCCGAAACUAGAAAUAAAUAGAAAUUACGGUUUACAAUUUGUACGUAAACUUUAAAACGACUAUUUAAACGUCUUUCAUUUAAAUUUUGACUCCGUGCAUAAACAUUACAGCCAGUUUAAUUAGCCCGUGGAAAGAAAAGCAUUAUACCUUGGGAUCGUCUUGCGGUCUGCUUUUUGAGUCCUAACAUGCACAAAUUCUUGGCAUAUUAAUUUAGUUCGUGGGCUUAAACAGUAUUCCCAGUUUAUGAACAUUAAAGUUGGUGGAGAUGGCUGACCUGUGUUCUCUAUUCGUUUACGUUUUAAAAAAAACUUGUGUUCCCUUUUUUUCCCUCUCUGAAAAGCAAAACAAAAAAAUUUAAGUUUCUUAACUUUUUCCUGGGACGAGGAGCGGAACAAACUCAAAGAUACAGUAUUCUUGGAAUGAAGAAGCAGCCCCCUCCCUUGGCUCCUUUAGGAGCUGAUAGGUCAUUUAUUAUUGGAACUGAAAUGGUAUAAACAAUUCUCUCUCUCCUUUUUUCCCUUGUUAACAGCAACUUUCAUUGUUAGAGAGAGAGGAGAGAGAGAGAAGCCUUGUUGGUUGACGUCACUUGGUUCAUGAAGCCUUCGCCUAGAAGUGAAGCUGCUGAACAAACCUUGAGAAGAAUCAUCUCCUGCUUCAAUCUGCUGCUGGAUAGGAACUAAUCAGAGAGAGAGCGGCGGAAGAAGGAGACGGAGGGAGUCAGGGCUUUCCCGAUCACAAACCUCACGUCCACUCCAACUCCGUAGACUUUUCUUGGAGAAAUUAUAACAGAAAUAAGGAAGCGGUGGGGAUUCCAAAAGCUUAACCUUCAUCUGGGGAAGGCGAAAAUCCCAUCCACCGUAACUCUCAGUUCGAAAGUAGAGGUUUCUCAACAGUGAUGUCACAAGAUUGACCACGCUGAUCACAAUAUGGAGUCUGGAGAACGGUUGCCAUCUUCAACAGCCUCCUCGACUACACCAACUUCCUCUUCUACACCUUCUGUGGCUUCAGCAGUUUCAAAAGGCGGCCAUUCCACUGGAGCUGCUUCAGUUAGCUCUACAAUCAACCCAUGUGUUCUGGAAGCUGGGAAGUCCAAGAUCAAAGUUCAGCCUGACUCAGUUCAGUCUGGACAUUUAUUCAGAGCAGCUGGGGAUCAGCCGUUUAACCUGUCCACAGUGUCGAGUGCCUUCCCAAUGGUCAGCCACCCAGUCUUUGGUCUACAUUCAGCCAGCUCAGGGCAUUCAGAAUUUGGUGGUUUGGGGACACUUGGUACACCCACAGCCUUAGCCGCACAUCCCCAACUAGCAUCUUUUCCAGGUGCAGAAUGGUGGCGAACCACAGAUGUUCACACUCGUACAGGGGCACCCUUCUUUCCACCAUUGCUGGGAAUUCCACCACUGUUUGCUCCUCCAGCCCAGAAUCAUGAUUCUUCUUCAUUCCAUUCAAGGACUUCUGGAAAAAGUAGUCGAAAUGGUCCUGAAAAAGGUAUAAAUGGUUCAGUUAAUGGAAACAGUGCAUCAUCUGUAAUUGGCAUCAACACAUCGAUAUUAUCCACUCCUGCUUCAAGUUCCAUGGGACAGAAUAAAAGUACAAGCUCAGGUGGAGGAAAUCUAAAAUGUAAUCAGGAACAAAGCAAAAACCAGUCUUUAGAUGCUAGACCUGAUAAAAUUAAAGAUAAGAAACCAAGGAAGAAAACUAUGGAAAGUUCUAGCAACAGUGAUAGUGAUUCAGGCACAUCAUCAGACACCUCAAGUGAAGGCAUUAGCAGUAGUGAUUCCGACGAUCUAGAAGAUGAAGAGGAAGAAGACCAAAGUAUUGAAGAAAGUGAAGAGGAUGAUUCUGAUUCAGAGAAUGAAGCACAACCUGAAAGUAACAACCAGGUGCUAUUACAUGGUAUUUCAGACCCAAAAGCAGAUGGACAGAAAGUAACUGAAAAAGCCCAGGAAAAAAGAAUACACCAGCCAUUACCUCUUAUGUCUGAACCCCAGACUCAUUCACCAUUCCAGUCCCAGCAGAAGCAGCCUCAGGUUUUGUCACAGCAGCUUCCAUUUAUUUUCCAAAGCUCUCAGGCAAAGGAGGAAUCUGUGAACAAACACACCAGUGUCAUACAGUCUACGGGAUUGGUAUCCAAUGUGAAACCUUUAUCUUUGGUAAAUCAAGCCAAAAAGGAAGCUUAUAGGAAACUCAUAGUUCCUUCUCCCGAUGUACUUAAAGCAGGGAAUAAAAAUACCUCUGAAGAAUCUAGUUCUUUGACCAGUGAAUUGCGAUCUAAACGGGUGAGUUAA